AAGGGCGCGGGCGGGCCCCGCGCAUGCGCGGUGCGGGCGGGCCGGCGGCGUGCGUGUUGUUGUGCGGCGGCGGCGGCAAGAUGGCGGCGCCCGGGGGCUCCGCGGCCUCCGCGGCGCUCCGGGGGCUGAUCCAGCAGUUCACCGCCAUCACGGGUGCCAGCGAAAGCGUGGGAAAACACAUGCUCGAAGCAUGCAACAACAAUCUGGAGAUGGCUGUCACCAUGUUUCUGGAUGGUGGAGGCAUAGCAGAGGAGCCAAGCACCAGUUCUGCAGGGGUGUCUUCUGUUCGACCGCACACCGAGGAUGAAGUACGAGCUCCAAUUCCUCAAAAACAGGAAAUUUUAGUAGAACCUGAGCCCUUGUUUGGAGCUCCUAAAAGACGCAGACCUGCGCGCUCAAUAUUCGAUGGCUUUCGGGAUUUUCAGACAGAAACCAUUCGACAGGAACAGGAGCUACGAAAUGGAGGGGCAGUAGAUAAGAAACUCACUACUCUAGCAGACCUCUUCAGGCCUCCCAUUGAUCUGAUGCACAAAGGCAGCUUCGAAACGGCCAAGGAGUGUGGUCAGAUGCAGAACAAAUGGCUCAUGAUAAACAUUCAGAAUGUGCAAGAUUUUGCAUGCCAGUGUCUCAACCGUGAUGUCUGGAGCAACGAGGCCGUGAAGAACAUAAUCCGGGAACAUUUCAUUUUUUGGCAGGUGUACCAUGACAGUGAGGAGGGACAGAGGUACAUACAGUUCUAUAAAUUAGCAGACUUCCCUUAUGUCUCCAUCCUGGAUCCCAGGACAGGCCAGAAGCUAGUGGAGUGGCACCAGCUGGACGUGACUUCUUUCUUGGACCAAGUGACUGGGUUCUUGAGUGAGCAUGGGCAGCUGGAUGGGCAUUCUACCAGCCCUCCCCAAAAAUGCUCUCGUUCAGAGAGUCUCAUUGAUGCCAGUGAGGACAGCCAGUUGGAAGCUGCUAUCAGAGCCUCGUUACAGGAGACACAUUUCGAUUCCUCACAGGCCAAGCAGGAGAGUCGAUCAGAUGAGGAAUCUGAGUCAGAGCUUUUUUCUGGAAGCGAAGAGUUUAUUUCUGUUUGUGGAUCUGAGGAGGAGGAGGAAUCGGAGAAUCCUGCCAAGUUGAGGAAGUCUCCGCACAAGGACUUGGGGUAUAAAAAAGAGGAGAGCCGGAGGCCUCAGCCUGAGCCCCCUGCAAGGACUGAGCCUGGAACAACAUCAAAUCACAGAGUACUGCCCUGCAUUGAUGCAGGGAUACUGGAGGAGUCAGCUGACAAGCCUGAAAGUACGUUGCAGGGCCUAGAUGUGAAUGGACCAAAGGCACAGCUGAUGCUAAGGUAUCCAGAUGGAAAGAGGGAACAAAUUUCACUGCCCGAACAAGCUAAACUUCUGGCUCUUGUGAAACAUGUGCAGUCAAAAGGAUACCCCAAUGAACGCUUUGAACUUCUCACCAACUUCCCUCGAAGGAAACUCUCCCACCUGGACUAUGAGAUCACAUUACAGGAGGCAGGCCUGUGUCCUCAAGAGACUGUCUUUGUGCAGGAAAGGAAUUAGCACCGUGGCCUGAGUUCUCCCAGCCUUCCUCCCCUCUCCUCUUUGCCUAGGACACCAACUCAUUGAAUAUGCAGUUGAGGGUCAUAGGAUUGCAGUGCUGAAAUCAGGCAGGCAGCUGGCUGGCCCUUCUCUCUCUCUUCUUCCCUUCUCCUUGCUCUUGUGACCAAAUGAGAGUGUUCAGAGUUUUAUUUUUGUUCUCAGCUUGGGCCCUGCAGAGAGCAUUGGGAAGAACAUCUUUCCUUUGUUUUCAUGGAAUAAAGUAAAAGAAUUAUCUGUGUAUCCGAUAUGCUGGGGCUCGGAGUGGCCAUAAUACACACACCCUUCUCGCUGCUAUUCUUAAAUCUGUUUUGUUUAAUUUAUAUUUGAAAAUACUGUGUGAUAAGGCACUGAGUCAUUUCUCUGUAAGGAGAGAGUGUAAUCUUCAGUAUGGUCUUUUCUUUGUUUUGAUUCUCUGUGUGAAAGGUCUCCAUUAACCUUACAGCCUUCUUAAGGGUUCACUUAUCUAGCACUAUGCUUAAACUUAUUUUUAGGAAGGAGUUGAGGUGAGCUGUGGUAAGGUAUUCUGUCCCCGUCUAGUUUAAAGGCUUCUAGGUUGCAUGCGUGUUUUCUUCAUCUUUUAAAUGCUGCCAGUGGACACAGUUUUGUUUUUUUUAAAAAGCAAACAAACAAAUACCCUCAUGCACACACCAAAAAAAAAAAAAAGGCGUACAAGGAGAAAACAGUGAUACCCUGUAUGGGAUCAGCUUCUUGACCUGGAGGGAAAGCUGUGUGUCCACUGUUGUAGCAGAGCUGACUGACUCCUCCAUACAAGCAGGGGGAAAUUCCAUUUGUUCUCUCCCCAGCAUCCCCUUUUUACUUGCUCUCAGGAUUUUACAACUGAUGAUGUAAGGUGGCAGGAUACUGUAAAGACCUUGGACCUUAGAAAGCACGUGGUAAACUCGACAAGUAGUUGGCUUUUUCUUUUUCCGUUGUGUAUGCUCCCCCAGCCCCCACCAGGAGUGUUUUUUUGCAGCAGUUUCAGAGCUCAGGCUGCAAUUGGGCUCAGUAAGUCGUAGGUAGGGUUCCUGUGAGUAAUUCAAAACAUACACAGCCUUUCAAAACUGUGCAAGGAAUUAAUGCUUUAUAAAAGACUUCAUAGCCUGGUGGCUUGAGCACUCCAGGCUGCUGUUUAUUCUUCUUGUUAAUCUUCUGUGGUAAUCUGCCAUCAUUUACCUCUAAAUCCAGGAGACAGUAUUGAAAGCUACUCCUUUAUUUAGGUUUUAAUUUCAGUUACGGCAGCUGGCAUCAAAAGUCCCGCAGGCAUAUCGUACCUGUGCGUACACUGAGUGCCCUGUUUUCCCAACAUCUCCCCUAGACAUUGAGCUGUGUUGGCCAGUUGUUGUUAGAGUAUAUAUUACAAUGAGACGAAAGUCAAUUAACACUGCCAAGAUGGAUGGUGAAUGUGUUUGUUUACCAUUAAGAAUCCAGUUCAGCAUCCUCUUCAUCGGUGAGGAAAAAGGUAAGUAACCUGCCAUAACUGUUUCUGUAACUGUCAGAUGACUGUAUGUGUUCAAAGAAAGACUUCAGUGUCAGAAAUUUCUUAUAGCCUGAAACUUUUCAAGAUGUUUUUGCCUUUAACUUCAUGCUAGCCUACAUACUUUGGAGUUUUUAAAUGUAAGAAGUCAUACACAUCUUGCAUUCCCUGUGGUAAUAUUAACUCACGAAUGUCCCAUAUUGAGGCUUUAUACAAAAUCAUACAAUUGUAUAAAUUGAUUUCCCUUCUACAUGAAGACUGGCAUUCUGCUGCAAGAUACAGUACCAUGAGAGCAAAAUCCAAUAGCAGUUUCCUGAUCAGUGAGUGAUGUGACAUCAGAUGUCAUUGUUGGUUUAUAAAGAAUCAUUUCACAGAGGUUACUUCCCAGCAUUAAAAAGUGAAUUGCACGGCCAGCAGAAGAGCAGGGAUGUUGCUGUUUGGCCUUUGAAGCAGCAGCGCUUCUAGACUGAAGGAUCCUUUGUGCUUCUGCGAUACCCAAAUUCAUGGCUCGCACUUGGACAUACGAGAGAGCAGGACAGAAGGAAACCCUUUCUGCAUAGGUCUGAUGCUUCCCUAGGUAGCUUCAGCUCUCUAGUUGAAAUAACUUGCUCUGAUUUUUGUUGCCUUCAAGUUCGUUACCUCUUCUCCAGUGGUUAGCUGCAAAAAAAUGAAGGUGGGCUGCCAACAGGACGCAGUACCCGGCACGAGCGCAGUCCUCUUCCUGCUCAGGCAGGCGGGGAUGGGAGUGAGCUGACUUUUCCUGUUCUCCUGCCCAUGCCUGCCUGCAGAAGGCAGGGAGCCGUUGUGCUUCCACUGAUGUCUCUCUUGAGUUGUUGUUGUUGGCUGGGUUUGCUGGUGGAGGUCCAGCUAAUCUUGGGCAGGCUCGGGUUUGUAUCUGUUCUGAGAACAUUGUUCCACAUCAGCUAGUAGUGAAGCUAAACAUACGAAAUUGUCCUUGCCUUUUCAGCCCUACGUCUGUUUAAUUGGUAGGUUCUUUCUCUGCCUUCCCCUCCCCAGUUGUACGUGGGGCUAGGCUGGGACUUCAGCAUUUCAGCGUAAAAGUAACUACCAGCUGUAUCAGCAGAGGGGGAGAGGGGAGAACGUUGCAGGCAAGAGGAUGAGCUUCAGCUCUGCUGCUCGAGACCAGUCCGGCCUCAUACUACGAACCUUCCUUUCUGACCCCCCUUUCUGACAGCUAAGAGCUGUGGAGCUGACAGCUCCUUCCUUUCUUCUCCGCGUGGCUGUAACUAGCUGUACUGCUUAGCUGUAACGUCUCGCUAUCAAAACCACAACAGGGGGAGUCCUGCAUUAGUUUUCCAUUGCCGUUGUUAUGCCAAGAGCAGCUCAGUCACCUCUCACACAAGGAAGCGAAAGUUGCACUUGGCUCUGACAAGCUCAUUUUUAAGCCAUCAAGAAACGCGCCUCUCCAGCACGGUAAAUGGUUUUGCCUGCUGGUGGAGUGGGACUGGGAGUCUUUUAUUUCUUUUCUAUAUGUGUUUCUUGAGUUUUCUAUUUCUUGACUUUUUAUUUCUAUUUCUUGCACUUUUAUUUAGCAAACAGCAAUCCUUUUACAACUGAAUAGGGAAAGAAGAAUGCGGGGGUGAAGGAGGGGAAGCAAAUCUGCACUGAAAAUGGAAUUUUUCCACUAUCUCAAAGAUGGAAUCAGAAUUCAUUUUUGGCAGUUCCUGAUAAUUUGUUCUGUUCCAGGAAAAGACAAGCUAGUUUGUUGUUCUUCUUGUUUCGCUGCCAUGAUGCAUUUUCUUUCAGUUUUCUUUUGCUUUGAUCUGUGAGCAGGAGGCAGAGGAAAAAAAUUUGAAGGGAGAAGUGUCCCUGCAUGUGGCUCCUCUGUCCCUUCUUUCCUCUUCCCUUUUCCCCUUCUUCCUGCCCUCCAGUGAAAGUGCACCACAUCAGCUGGCUGUGCUCCAGUGGCUGGAAGCCAGGAUACAACCUUUUCAGAUUUUCAUUCGAAGCCCUUUGGAGUUGGGAGGAGUGUGUUUUGCAGCCCCGAGGAAUGUGGCUGAACACAUUAACCAAGUUAAGCAUACAACCACUUGCAACCGAAAGUGUAAGCCAGCUGAGCUCGAUUUAAAAAGAGCCUUGGUCACAGUUGCUUCUAAAUGUUAAAUCUGAAGUUCAGAUUGCUCUUGACAAGGUUAGAAAAAACACCUUAAAUCUCCCAUUGCAAAAGUUGAAGUUUGAAGGACAAAGCAGAGCAUCCUUCAAAGGCUGUGGUUUGUGGCUUCUUCUGGGUGUUGCCUGGCCACAAUUUGCAGAUGUUGAAAGCGCUGCUGUGACUUCAGAGGAGCAGAGUUUUGUUUGAACGGUGGAAGGCUUUGUGGUUAGAGAGCUAAACAGAACUAGCAUGCUUCAAGCUGCAGCUUCUCACUGCUUGCAGACAAAUCUUUGCACGUGCUCUUCAUCCGACUUGUUUUUGUUUGAUAUUUAAUGUCUAACAACAGCUAAUCGUUCAUAGUCACAGUCAGCUGGUAUUCAGAAGGGAAAAUGAGCGCUGGCUUUCUCUGCCAGGUGCUGCUGGCACAUUUACUGCUGGCUCCUUUGGAGGCCCGGGGAGAUUUGGGCUCUUCCUAACCAUACCUGCUCUCAGUCAGGCUGCCCAAGCAGUUUUCACCUCUCUGCAUUCCCUCCUGAUGCAAAAGGGGCAGCUAAAAGCUGUGUCAAAAGCUGCUGGGUGUACUGGCGUUGUUUUCAUUAGGCUUUGAAUUGGAGUCUGCAAUUUUACAUUUCUGACAUUUAUGGUCUGAAUAACGUCACCCUUUCUGAUAAAAUCAGAGAAGUUGACAACCUCAAUAUUAAAAGAAUGUGCAUGUGUGUGUAAUAGCGUCAUAAAACACGGUUGUCUAUAAAAAGGUAUCAAAAGGUACCAAUUUUCAUGCACGGACUUAAAUGGCCAUGUUGAUCAUGCAUCAGCAUACUUUCCAGAGCUCACCAGAUCUGCUACGUUGCUGUUACAGGAGAAUAAUGCCUUGGCCGUAAUGCACGUCCCUUGUGUGCUGCUGCAAGCAGCUCGUGUUUGUGUGUCCCACCGGUUUCACAGCGUUUUUUUGAAGACUACCAAAUGAACUGCCUGCCAAUGUACACGCUGCUCUGCACCAGCUCACACCAGCUUCCACUUUCACUGGUGCUGUGGCUUGUAUAUGUGCUACCAUCAGAAACUGGCAGCUGGUUUUAGUGUUUUAAUGAACAAACCUCGCUGCUGAAGGGCCUGAUGUCUCCAACAGACCUUUUAGAAAACUUCCACGUGUGCUUUGCUGCUUGGCACGCCUUCUGACUAUUGAAAAUUUCUGGUAUUCAGUAUAAUUGAGUUCUUGGUAACUGAGUGGUAAAGUUAAUGUUGAGAAUGAUGGCUUUCCUCUCUAGGUCUUUGAAGAAAAAGCCCUGUCUCUGUGCAGGAGCUGUUUGAACACAGCUGCCCUGUUGCAGAGGGUGCGAGGCAUCGUUCGCAGCAGGUGCGGGCAGCUCCUUGUGGCUGGUUUGAGAACAGGCUCCUUGUCUUUGGGAGCUGGGAGGCAGAAUCCUGGCUUUUUGAGUUCGUUCUCAUUUAGUGCUCGAGCAUUGGGUUGGGUUGCAGGAACUUGAGAGCAACAAGGGCUAAACUCAAAGCUAUCUUUUGGGACAGAAAGGGACAGCGAGGCAUUGUUUUGGCUGUGUUUUGACAGGUACCAAACACCACAGAGAACACAUAAAAUGUGUCUUUUUCUAAACCACGUAAAAGUGGACAACAGAGACCUAUAUGGGAACAUCCGGGCAAAUCUAUGUCAUUUCAGGGACUUGAAGUGGCAGGUCAUUACUGUGUUUUUCUUUCUCAUAAGUUUUCAGUAAAUUCCACAGCUUUAUUCUUGUUUUUAAUCCCUUUUAAAUCAAGUUAAUAAUAAAUAACAGCCCUGUACACUAAGGAGCAGGGGGGUAGCUGAAAUUUAGGUGAAGUGCAAAGCCUCUCAUGGAGAUUGGGUAUGCUUUGUCCAGCUAUUUCAACAGAUUUGAACGCAGCCCCACUUCUCCCUCAUCCUUUUUAUUAUUAACAGAAAUUAUUUCCUAUACAUGGAAUAGCUAUUCUUUUAAAGGCAAGGCAGAACUCACAUUCCGAGCCCUGUAUCGGCCAUCUAUGUAGUUGGAAAUUCCCUCGGUCAUGUUUGGAGUUGAUGUAAAAGCAUUUUGAUGGCAGCCGUUGAGGUCUGCACAAGCUGUUGCUUGCCACUCCGCAAAGGUUGCCUGUGGCUGCAGACAUCCUGCUGCCCGCUCCCAGCCUGCGAGGUUAAUGGACACCGUUCUGUGAUGUGCUGCGAGAUGACGUUUAUUCUGUGAGGUGCUUAGUGUCUGUCUGCUCCCCAUAAAUAUAGCCAUAUGUAUAUAUGUACACACGUUUUUAACCAGAGAAUGCAGCACUUGACUGAGGCAAGCUGAGGCACUGAUGUUUUAUCUUCUGUUUUACACCAGGAUGUUACGAGUAGUUGCAGAAGUUUGGGAUUUGGUCACUGUCUUUAAUUACUGUGAGUGUCUGCAGUACAGAGAAGAGUCAUUUUGUAACUGCCUGUUAAAUGGUGCUGAGAAUUUACGGUUUAGAAGGAUAUAGAUAGUAAAAGUACAUGGAGCAGGGGGACGAGGUGCUAUUUUAUAGAACAGCUUUGUAUGAAACAAAUCUGAGUCUGGGUAAAACUCACCUCAGAGGCGUGGUGUCUAAUCAGAGACACUGGAUUAUAGGACAGAUGAUUUUCUAAGCAAGGUUCUUUAAUGAGUGAACUUACAGUUUCAAAAUCAGGGCUUUGCCUGUCGGUCAUUUUUUCCUUCAAUGAUGCAACUUCACGCUGGAGGAGGGAGAGAAUUAAUUUGGAAGUUUUCAGCUCACUGUGCUGGGAGGGACCAAACUCAAGGAAACCUCUGAUCUAUAUACACAACUGCUGCAUUUUUUUAUAAAUAUAUGUAAAUGUCCUAUUGUAAUAUUUGAUCCUGGAAAUAAAACGAACUGUUUUCAGU